CCAACCUCGUGUCUUGUCCUCAUCAUGUCCUCCCAUCCAACCAACCCCAAAGCUCCGAGUCUUUAGCGCACUGGGCUGCCAUGGCCCUUCUCCGGCCUCCCUCCGCGCCACCCAAAACGUCCGCAUCCUUCUUAGCUGCUCGAGACAACGCGCCACGCCGCCUUUUCAACGAGGGGCUGCAGCCGUUGACCAGUGGACUAAUCAGCAGCCCACCCAUUCUCCCCCAGGGAAACAAGAGUGGCUAAACAAAAAUUGGCACAAUGUCGCGCUGGGCGCAUGUUGGCUGUUAGGGCACCUCAGGUACCCGGAGGAAUACAAAAACGAGGCUUGGGGACCUGGUGGUGCGUCGUCAGGUCGAGCAGGCAGGACCCACCCUGUGCAUCGUAUUCUUUCCUGCGUCCUCCACUCACGGCGCUGCCCAGUGCCCACUAAUCCAUCACCCCUCCUCGCUCGUGUUGACCUCCCGCUCCUCUAAAAAUAAUUUACUCAGACUCACGCGCCUCCACAAAUUCUAUCAAUGAUGAGACCGAGGCGAGGCCGAUCGAUGGUCAGCCAUUUCAAUCCACCUCUCACUUGAGGAAGCCAUCAACUUUCAUCUUCACUCGGAUUGAAUUGACUGUAAACCCUGACAUUGAGCGUGCUGGCCUCCCUAGGUGGUGUCCGGUGGAGAGAUGAUUGCCGCAGAUUUCCAUUGUCGGGGCUCUUCUUGGCCAAGGAAUGUAAACACCGGAUCUCCUCACGGCUUCCCACUCGUGCAGAUACGCCCUCAGUCUCGGACUCUAAUUGCUCGUGACCCGUGACACCGAUCCAAGAGUCAUCCAUUCCCUCUUUGCCCGAAUAAUCGUAUCCAUUUGACUCGGAUGUCCCGCAACGUCCGGACUGGCGCCAGUUAUGCAGAGCAUUGCACAGAGUAACAUGAGGUGGUUGUGGCCCACUUGCAUAGCAGAUUUUGGGGGCGCAUCAUGCAUUGCUCAUCUUCGUAGUGUACUUGGGCCGUCGCAAAUCCCGGUGCCUUGAUGAUAUUGGGCGUAGUGUAACCCAUGGCUUCAAACGAAAUCGCAGAGUUAUCCCCGUCCCGGCGAGAUCGACGUCGAGCCCGGAUGGAGACUGUGCCACUCGUCGCUAGGAACUCCCAGUUCUGUGCGACAAACGCUUUUCCUACGUUGAAACAGUCUCUCUCUGCGGAGCCUCUGCGAAACCUCACUCACCCAACACGAACUGCACUACAUAAGUUGGAUGAGAAGCCGGGUAGAAUGACGACUGUAUGCUUUUUAGAUGGCGUUGCCGUUCUCCGAGACAUGCAGAUGUUUGGGAGGAAGGACAGCCUGCGAUGCGUGAGGGUAAAGGGCCCUUAAGGGAGGAGGGAGUCCCUGUGGUCUUAGGCUUGAGAAUGCCCGAAGCCUGCAGGUGCGAGCUCCUUCGUCACUGUCAUUCCCGAUACAAGAGUAGGGCGGAGCCGCCGAACUGACAGACUAUAUACACCUUGGAAGAGAACCCGAUCGAUGCAUCACUACAUCGUGACACGAGAGUCUUUGCAAUCCCAGUUCAAGUGUUUGCAUGAUAGGGCAAGUGGUCGGACUUUUCGGGGGAGCAUUCUCCAGACAGUUGUCCUCUUUCGUUCUGUUGAUUAGUGUUCUGACGCGAAGAAUCAGUGCCGGUUGUAAGAAGGAACCUCUUGAACAAUGGCCGACUGGGCGAGAGUACUAUAAUUGGUAGGCUGCUGCCCAAGUGAAGACCUUCAAACAAAUCCAGGGAUCUCCUUUGUUGUCUCAUGUCAAGUCGUCCGUCAUGCCUCGAUAUUGAGUUUGGGGAGGAACAAAAGACGACUUUGGAUGACUUGAGCCUUCCCGUCGGGUGACGUGCCGUCUCAGGGGCCACCGGGCAUCACUUCCGCCGCUGGGAAAUGACCUGGAUUACUGAACUCAACACGACCUUAAGUGGGGCCCGCGAACGGUUCGAUACCUACCUACCUAAUCAACUUUUGACGUAUGAUAAGUUUAUCGAUAACGCGAUAAAAGCUCCUUCCAGCUUGCCAAGUUAAGGUACGCCCUCCAGGUGCCUGCUUCACUUGGGCUGGAGAGUGGUGUCUCCGACACUUCACAAUCGCGCAGCCAACAAAUUCGCCAUUUCACAAGUUCAACCAACCCUUUUUUUCGUUGACUUUGUGCGCGAAAGUCAUGGCGUCGUCCGUCGGCACCAUGGUCUCCAUCGACCGCACUUAUCUCGAUACACUCAUCAGAAGGGCUCAGUUUAACGCCGAGACAGAGGCUCAUUCAUCCCACCCUACCCUCACCAUCGCCCGCGCCGAGUAUGACACCCUUGUCAAGACUGUUCGGGAAUUCGCAAACUUACGCCGCAACCUCUUGCGAGGAGGUGUAUCUGAAGAGACCCUUGCUGUCUUGACCAGUGAUGAAUCCAACUGGGACGAAGACACUGCUGAGCAGCGGGCAGGGGCUCCCGCUUCAGUAGUAACUUCUCAGAACUUUACUCAACGUCGGACCAACCAGCCUCGCAAGCCGGCCGCCGUCGCUGUGCGAAAUCCCGAGUAUGGCCAUCACAGCGGAAAUCUUACCGUUCAUCAGCCUGUCAAGCAGGACUGGGCCGAUGCCGAACCCGACGCACGCGACAUGGCUGAGACGACAGUAUCUCCCACCGAGCCCGAUCAUGGCUUCACUCACCAAGAAGUACAGUUGCCUGUUCGGCCGCAGCUCGAGAGAAUCGCUACAAGAACCGUUUUGAUGUCGAACCUUGCCGAAGGCACAACACACGCCGAUAUCACGGGUGUUAUUCGAGGGGGCCAGCUGCUGGAUAUCUUUCUGAGAGCCCACGACCGCUCUGCCCAGGUAUCGUUUCUGCACGGAACAGACGCCAAAGCAUUCUUAGAACAUGCUGGGCGCCACGAUCUGUACAUCAGACACAAACGGGUCGAUAUCCGAUGGUGCGAUCGACAGUUUACCCUCCCAGGCCACGUUGCGAGCAAGGUCGGAAUCGGCGCUACCCGUAACCUUGUCGUCCGACGGUGCGACCCGAAGCUCACCGAAGAAGGCAUUCGCGAUGAUCUGGACCAUAUUCACAACUUGAUUAUUAUUCGAGUAAUUUUCAACAACGGUAACUGUCACAUCAACACCAACUCAGUUCACAAUGCCAUGUUCGCGCGAACCUGCAUGAUGAGUCGACUGAAAUACAAGGGGUCCAAGGUCGAAUGGGACGUCGACGAAUGUGCCCAGCCCCUGGGGGUUACUCAGACUCACCGGGCUCAGUCCCAUACUCUUUCACACAAACGCACUUUGAGCAAUAUGCCGAACCGCUUCGAAGUCUUGAAACUUGACGGCAACGAUGACGACGAUGAGAAUAUACCCCUAGAGUUUCACCUGCGAGCUUCAGUGGACAUCGUGGUUUGACGAUGUAGUGCUCCUUCGAGAUCAGUCUAAACGCCUGGCGUUGUACUAGAAGACGGACACUGUCAGCAUGUUUUGAUCUCUUCAAAGCCAUGGGGGCUUCGCCGAGUUUAGGGACGUCCAUCACGUCGACGUGGGAGACGGAGUUGGGAAUACCCCAGUGAUUGAGUGUGCAAUUUGUUUUGCUCUGCAAGGCACAACUUCAUUUGUUUUAUGUUUGCCUACUGGGAUGUGCGUGAGGGCAAGCACUUAAUAGACCCCUACGUAGCAAGGUACUUUGAUACGAUUCCU